CACUAGUGAUUGACAAGCGUAUGUCCAGGGCUUUGUUGUUGAUAAAAUUGUGUAGCAGGUGCUCGUGGUUUAGUUAAAUUUUGGCGUUAUUUUACGUAAUUUUAGUUUUUCUGAAAGGAUUUGUGGUGGCAGCCACUGGAGCGGGAUGGAGCAGUCUGAUGCAGACUGGGGAGGACAUGACAUCAAGUCUGGCGGGGACGGGGUCGAGACCAUGCUGGGAGACUUUGAUAACGACUCCAACUUUGGAUCACUGUCAGUGAAAAGUGAGGAGGCCUUCAAUACUACAGGACUGGUGGAGGAUGAAGAAAUGGACUACAACAUGUAUGAGGAGUACAGUGACAGCUAUAAUGAGAGCAAUAUGACAUACUCUGAUACUGAGAGCAAGGAAGACUUUGGCAGUGGUCAGCAAGUGACCAGUGAAGAGAAUGGAGGGUCCUUCAUUAAUAGUGGACGUAACUUGUACAUUUAUCCUUCAGGCAGAGAGGGCAUGGCAACCUGUGAGCGUUGUGGCACAGUGGGUAUCAAACAUGCUUUCUACUCCAAGACCAAAAGAUUUUGCAGCUUGGCUUGUUCUAGGAGUUUUGCCACGGCUCUGAGAGAGGGGCCGCAGUCUAAUCGCAGGGGUGGACAUGUGCCUGGAGGAAGGAUGGGUCCACUGAAAACUCCUUCCAAGAAGAAAACACCACCCAAGCCUAAACCUCAGAUUAAUACCAUUCCAUCAUCUUACAACAAACAGAAUGCCAUAAAGUCUUUUGACUGGAGUAACUAUUUAAACACAACUUGUGCUGAAGCAGCUUCUAUUAGUUAUUUCAAACAUGCUCCCAUGUCAGAUAGCUGGGACAACAUCAUAGUGGGGAUGAAGGUGGAAGUGAUCAACUCUGAUGUAGAUCUUCCCAGUACUGUCUUCUGGAUUGCUACUGUCAUCAGAAUAGCAGGUUACAAGGCACUGAUCAGAUAUGAAGGGUUUGGUGCUGAUUGCAGCAAGGAUUUCUGGUUAAAUCUGUGUACACAGGAUGUUCACCCAGUGGGCUGGUGUGCCACGAUUGGGAAACCAUUGGUGCCUCCUAAAACUAUUCAGUACAAGUAUGUGGACUGGAAGGAAUUCCUUGUGAAGAGGCUAACUGGUGCCAGGACACUUCCUAAUAAUUUUUACACUAAGGUGCUAGAGAGCAUGAGCAGCCAUAAGUUCAAACCAGGCACAAGACUAGAAGUCGUGGACAAAAUGUGUGUGUCAGCCAUGAGGGUGGCGACUGUAGACGAGAUCAUAGGGGGACGUCUAAGACUUCAGUAUGUGGACAGUAAGGAUGAAAAUGAUGAUUUCUGGUGCCACUACAGAUCUCCAUUGAUACAUUAUGUAGGCUGGUCAUCACAAGCUGGUCAUAAACUUCACUCCACACCUGAGUACAGAUCAAAAGCUGCAGAGAAGGCCAGGACUGGGGAAUAUGAAGAGGGGGAUGCAAGUCCUGAUAUGUUUAUAGAGCAUAAGGACAUUCCAAAUGGGCAAAGGUUUGAAGCGGGCAUGAAACUGGAAGCUAUAGAUCCUCUCAACCUGUCCACCAUAUGUGUAGCCUCUGUUAUGAAGGUGCUAAAGAACAACUAUCUGAUGAUAGGCAUAGAUGGGUCCAUGGCCCACAAUGGUUCUGACUGGUUCUGCUACCACGCCUCCUCGCCCUCCAUCUUCCCUAUGGGAUUCUGUGAGAUUAACAGCAUUGAGUUGACCCCUCCACGAGGUUAUAAAGGUCCAUUCAAGUGGUUUGAUUAUCUUAAACAAACCAAGUCAAGGGCUGCUCCUGUAAGGCUGUUUGAUAAGGAGAUUCCAAAGCACGGUUAUCGGGUCGGAAUGAAGUUGGAGGCAGUUGACCUUAUGGAACCAAGGUUGAUCUGUGUGGCCAGUGUGACUCAGAUUGUGGGCAGGUUGUUAAGGAUCCACUUUGAUGGCUGGGAGAAGGAGUAUGACCAGUGGAUAGACUGCCAGUCUCCAGAUAUCUAUCCUGUAGGCUGGUGUGAGAUGGUGGGCUACCACCUGGAGGGACCCAAGACUAAAGAGACUUAUGUGCCUCUUCAAACUGUAUCAAAGAAAAGAAAAACUAAGAACCAAAUAUACAAAGGUCCAAGAAAGAAGAGGAAAACUAGAAUGGGCCUUGGUGGAAGAGCUUCCAACGGAAAGGAUGUCUGGGACCUGCCAUUACAGAAUGAGAACCUCCCCCCUCCGCACAUCCCCCUUCCUGCCGAGACUGUGGCUGCCAUGUUACCCCCUGUUUGUGUGGAGGCAGCAGAAAAAGUAAAAGAAGAGGCAUCGGGCAACAUGUCUGACUCCCAGGGCAGUACCAGGUCCAUGCCACAACUCAGCCCAGUUAUCAAGGUGGAGCCAGGAGUGCAAGAUGAGCCUAACUCUGGAGGAAAUGAACAAUAUACAACUGACAUGAACAAUACUCCCAAUUCAUCAUACUACACCAGUAAUAAGAUAUCAAGUGAAAACGGUACUCCAUCUGGGGGAGACUCCUCAGCCUUACCCACAAUCCCCAGCGCCAUGACAGCUAGUCAGGCACCAGAGGGUGGCGCCACCGUCAAGACACCAAGCUCAAGUGGCGGCUCUCUCCCUGGGAGUCCCACACGUCCAGUAGGGGCGGAGACGCUGUCCCAGAUGCUGUCCCGCCCUCCAGCUCAGACCCAGCCACUCCUCUCUCCCAAGCCUGCCACGCCCCACAUCCCCAGGGUGGUCCCCUCAGGGGAUGAGAGCCCCAAGGACAGUAUUCAUCUGACCACUAAACAGCAGACCAUUCUGCCUGAGAGGUGGACAGUGUUUGAUGUUUGCCAGUUUUUAAGGAUAAAUGACUGUGGAGCUUAUUGUGAUAGCUUCAGUAGAAAGAACAUAGAUGGGAGAAAGUUUACCACUCUAACCAAAGAGCAGAUUGUGAAUCUAACUGGUAUGAAAGUGGGGCCUUCCCUGAAGAUCUACGACCUGAUCCAGCAGCUUAAAAUGAGAAUUCUGCAGCAAACCCAAGAACCUUCUUCAUGAAACCAGCAAAAGAAAUGGAGUAAGAAACUGCACACAGAUACUCAUAAAUGGGGGUAUUUGCUGGAGUUGGCUAUGUAGCUGACAACUUGAGAGGCUGGAGCAAGAUGGCAACCUCCGUUAGACAUUAACGAAGCUGUCAUGGACAACAUUAAGUCACAGUAACAGCAGACACCCCAAGAAGCCAAAAUAACAGCUCAAUGAAGUAUAAUGGACACAUUCUGGGAUGAUCUGUGCAUAGAGUGACUGAACUGGAGUUGGAAAGUGUGAAUUUUGAAGUUAUGUGACUUGUUUUUGUAAAAACUGGAGUGACUAGCCAACAAUGAUUGACGGUGACAAGGGAUAGCCCAGCAGUGAAAAGAAGCGUGUUGUCAUGGGGAAGCUUUUUUUUUACUGGGAGACUAAUAAAACAUCUGGACAGUUGUGUGUGUUAUCCAUGCUACUGUUUGGAUUGCUGGUUAGUUUGGUGACUUGUACAUGUGCCUUAAGGAGACAAGAUGGCUAGUUUAUAAGAUGGGGGAAAAGUAAGAAGGUGGCAACAACGGGUUAGGCUAACAUUUGCACAUAAUAUUUUCCCUGAAGCGGAAUUUUUUUUAUUUUCAUUAAAAGAGAAGUUUUUGAUUUAUUUCACAAUUUUAUUUUUGUUUGGUGAAAUAUUUUUUCUUACCAAAGCAAAGAACAAGACAGUUUGACUGAAAUCAUGGAAUGUAAUUCUCUGAAGAGAUAGUUGGUCUCUGUUUUGCUGUAGAAACCAGAAGUUACUGUGGAAGAAGUUGUCAGUUGUGAGACUUUGUGAUAUGAAGGCAGUGAAGUGGACUGGAUCUCAUUCACCUAUGACGUUACUCCAAUGUGCUUUCUAUUUACGCGAGCCAUUGGAGGUUGGGUUCAUACAACUGUUUAUAAGUACAUACUACCGUAGUAUUUGUAUAAUAGUACCAAUCAUAUCUGAGUAGGGUAUGAAAUGGAUUAAUUUAGAUAAUUACAGAGAGCAGGGCUCUGAUUUUAAAAGAGAUGACAUCACAUGCCGAUCAGAACAUUUGCUCACUACAAUAGGGCCAUUCCACCACAUUACCCUCCUCCGUAACUUCCUUUUCUCACAGUUAAACUGUGUCACUUCAACAACCCAUAUAUCCCAAGAUAACUAAGCGGCAGUCGCUUAUGUUUAUUAAUUUAUUUUGUUGUUUGAGGAUUAUUGAGGAAAAAAUCCACGGGG